AGUGUUAAAUUGCCGUAUCCUUCCAUUAUUAGAUAUAUAUAUUUUGAAAUUUGCUCGUGCUCUCUACCGAGAAACUGGUCCUGGGAUGUCAUAUAAUCCUCCAAUAAUGAGGAUAUUGUGAUGCGAACGACAGCAAAAAGUAUGUUUAAACACGAUUCAUGUUCUACGCAUCAGAUUCCUGUCCUAUAUUAACUUGAAAAUGACAGGUAUUUUCACUGAAUCGGUCUCAAUUUUACACGUUCAAAAACGUGUGCAGGGUCAACAUCCAAUAGCACAGCGACCACCAACGACUUAUAUUAAUGUGUUAAAGAAUGAAGCAAACGAGGAGUCAUGUUGUGACAAUAGUAUGUCCAAUUCAGGCAACAGAGACAGAUAUAACAAUGCGAUGCCGGUGGAAUCGAUGGCGGAUGCUCGCGAGUUUUUUAGCUCCCAUAUUCUUUGUGUUUCUGUUCACACUGCUGUCCUUCCAACCACCAGAAGUAGAAAUAAAUGUUCGAAAAAGGACAAAGACUAAAGAACCGCAGUUACUGACAAAUUACACAAAUAAUCCCUACAAUAUAUCGCAUCCAUAUAACGUAAACUUCGAGGAGUUAUUAGUGAUGAAAGACAGUGGUCAAGACAUUCCACUGAAACCUCUCAAUCCUCAUCCACAUAAGUAUAUUCUGAAUCCAUCUAACAUCUGUAUGGACCCUCCUCCACAGAAUGAGUCGCUGUUUGUGUUAAUACUCAUAAAAAGUGCACCAGACAAUUUUCAUUUGAGACAAACUUUGCGAAUGUCCAUGGAGAAGAAUCCAAUCGAACAGGGAUAUGUUCGAAUCGUUUUCUUGAUGGGGACAUCAAAGAAGGAACUUAAUAAAAAUAUAUUGGUUGAAAAUGCAUUGUAUGGAGAUAUUGUGCAGCAAAAUUUUGUGGACUCGUAUCAAAAUUUGACCCUAAAGACAGUAAUGGGGUACAACUGGGCCGUGGACUAUUGUUCAAAUGCUACUCACAUACUAUACAAAGAUGACGAUUUCCACUUCAAUGUCAAAAAUCUACUAAAAUUUCUAGGAUCUCAGGAACAUCCACAGUCUUUGUUGGUGGGUUAUAGAGUUGACAAAGCGCCAGUAAUGCGUCAUCCUGCAAGUCCACAUUUCGUGAAGAAGGAGGAAUAUCCAAACAAAGUAUACCCGCCAUAUUUAGCAGGAGGUGCUUACGUAGUUAGCAUGGAUGUUGCUAAGAGAUUUGCUGUGGCAUUUCCUUAUGUCAAAUUUAUAACAGUGGACGAUUCAUAUCUCGGAAUAGUAGCGAUGAAGCUAAAUAUUCUACCACAGAUGAACGACAGUUUAUUUUCUUUUAAGGAUUGCAAAGACCUCGAUUCUAAAGUGAUAGCGUGCAGGGGAUAUACAUCACACAAAGAAAUAUUUUCAGCCUGGAAGAUGUAUGUGAAACGAAUUUUAGCAAAGUUUUACAUAUGAUUGCGAUGGAACCUUGAAAAAAAGUUUUAGUUUGAAAUAGAUUUUAUGAUUUUUGGCAAAGAUACUAAAAUGGAAAUAAAAUCGUUUUCUUUUUCACAUUUGAUGGAAAAGAAAAGAUUAACAUACAA